UUCCUGCAAUCCUGCUUCCUGUUUACGUCGCACCACAGCCAUUUUCGAAGUAGCAGUCGACAUUUUUACUUGGUUUUACCUCUUCAGUUUUUUUAAGCUACACGAACAUAAUAAUGAAAUUAUUUAAUCAAACAAAGGAAGUACAUUGCUGUGACUAUCGAUUGUCAGCGUUAAAUCUAAACUAAACGAGAAGAAUCUCAAUAGUUUGACGUAUUCAGUAGUUGACAUUGUUUGUCGCCAUGUACACUUUACUAUCAGGCUUGUAUAAAUACAUGUUUCAAAAGGAUGAAUAUUGCAUUUUAAUACUUGGACUGGAUAACGCUGGCAAGACGACUUUUCUGGAACAAACCAAAACAAAGUUCAGCAGGAACUACAAGGGGAUGAAUUUAUCCAAGAUCACCACCACAGUUGGACUGAACAUCGGUACGAUUGACGUGGGUAAAGCUCGUCUCAUGUUCUGGGAUCUGGGAGGCCAAGAAGAACUUCAGUCUCUGUGGGACAAAUACUAUGCAGAGUCACAUGGAGUCAUCUAUGUCAUCGACUCCACCGAUGAAGAACGUCUCUCUGAAUCGAAGGAAGCCUUUGAGAAAAUGAUCAGCAGUGAGGUUCUAGAAGGUGUUCCUCUCCUGGUUCUGGCCAACAAACAAGACGUAGCGAACUGUUUGUCAGUGUCCGACAUUAAAACCUCCUUCAGUGACUGUGCGCCUAAGAUUGGCAAGCGAGAUUGUCUGGUCCAGCCAUGUACGGCCCUCACAGGGGACGGAGUGAACGAGGGCAUUGAAUGGAUGGUCAAGUGUGUCGUUAGAAACAUCCACCGACCGCCUAGACAGAAGGACAUCACAUAGACGGACCCUCUCGGCGUUCGGGACAUUCUUCUUAAGAACUUGGCAUUUAAAGAACUUGUAGUGCACUACUCUGGUCCAGGCCAAAAAUGUACAAAAACAUACUUGGUGGUCUGUUCAGCCUGAUUUGCCUUCACACUUUUUGUCAGCGGACCAAAUAAUGCCCAGUUAUCGAUAUGCAAAAUGUUGCAUCUUGAUUGGACGGUGUUUGUAAGAUGUAAAUUGUCUUAAACAACAUGGCGUACUCCAGGUCACAAACACUCGUAGGACAUUCCUUUCUAUGGCAGAAAGAGAUCCAUCAUUCACCCUGUUUGGUCCUGGACUGCAUUCACACUUGACCAAACCGUACCAGCUCAGCAAACAGACUUUUUUUUUUUUAAAUGAACUAAAAAUGUGACAUGUGAGCGCACCCUGUCCUUCUGUCUGCAUCAUUUUUACAAAACAUCUCUGACUUCUUCCAGAUUUGAAAAAAGUCAUGUGUUUUGUUACUAAUCAUUGUUAUUGAUGCAUCAUUUUAAAAUAGUGUAGAUUACAUAUUGUGCUUCAGCCCCUGCAAGCUGUAAAUAAAAUGUACAGUGGCUGUCGACAUGACUAUUGGUGUCAAUCGUGUAUGAAAAAUGUACAUCAAUCACUCAGCAUGAUGUCAUGUUAGUACUGGAAAUCACAUUCUUCACCACUGAACAAACCUAACGUUUUGUCUCAUGAGCUAACAUUCAAUUUUAUUCUGUUGGCUAAUUAUAACAUCUAUGUUUUGUAUUUUCUGGCUGUUUGGGGGCAGCAGUAGUCUUUCACAAUAAGACACUUUCAGUUUGAGUCAAAAAUAAAUGACAACUCACUGCUUAGGUGCCCUUGAGCAACACAUAAGCAACAGUUUUACAUAUACAGUACUGCAGACGGACAUUGAAUGUCCCACUUGAGGUAUAAUGAUCAGUAUAGGAACUGUAACUAAUUAAAUGUCCAGGAGUAAAAAUGAAUAAUUCAAAUUAGCACAGCAAACGUUUAUAUUUAACGUAUUUGAGACGUUUCCAAUUGAAACAUAUAUUUCUAGACGGGUGUAAACUGUAAAUGAUGC